AUGCCCAGCUUCAAGAUCCGAGGGGAUUCCGUCAGCUACAAAGAGUUCUUGCGGUACUUUCGGCGGAGGAAGAUCAAUGACCCUGUCACUUGGGUCCGAGAAUACAAGGACGACAAGUUCGUCCUGAGCGAUGAUGUGGAACUCGUCACUGCGUCCAAUCUCUCUUCAAAAGACUCAAGCUCAUGCGACGAGGACCCGGUCGACGUAUUUGGACCCCAUCACAUGGCUACAUUUCCUUACCAACAUCAUGAGCAGCUACCGGGUACAGACCCGGCCAAUCCCGCUGACAUGUAUCAAUGGAGUUCGGAUCACUGUUGGAACAGCGAUGAAAACGUCCAACAUCUAUCAGACGGGUUUUACUCAGAACAAUCUGUGCCUGUCGCCACGACGGCCUUGGUACACAACAACAGCAGCCUUUACCCUAUCUCGGUGCCAAUCUUCCUGAGGUCUCGUGCUUCCACCCUAUCCGAGCACCUAGAUUACAGCAUAAUGGGUUACAUGAGCUGCUACCUAAUCACAUCUCAUUUGGAAACCCAGCUGGAACCAGCCAUCCACGCCCUCACUACCCAUGCAAUCUUUGCAUCCAAGAUGCAGGACGGCAUCUCAGCGUUAGCGAACCUUGCGUUGACCGAAUCAUCCACCAAAGCCGUACCAAGAAGCAAGAAGCGAGAUCCAGCGGCCACUAAAGCCCUAACGAGCUUUAGAAACGGCUUCCAGCUGCUUGAAGAGAUCUUGAUCAACCACAAUCCCAUGUCUCUAGCCUUGGUAUUCGGUGUAAUCUGCGAAUUGGCAAGCCACACGACCAAUCCCAGACUGCAAGUUAUGGGUGUCCACGUUCUCCUGAGUCAGCUGCUUUCUUAUAUCCAUGAAAGGUCGGGGGCUCUGCUGGGGCCAGAAUACCCAUUGACAACAUUCUUCGGGCUUCUACUACAAGAAUAUCAACGCCCCAGUGCAAGCACUACUCCAGGAUCACCACCCCUCGCCGAUUCUAUUCUUAAAAGCUUGGAAAUGGCCAUUAUCCAAAUGCAGCUGUCCUCGAGUCAGCUCCCUGGUGCGGCACCGGAAGAAGCAACAUCGUCAGACUGGAGGGCUCUCUACCUCCGAGAACGUCUCUGCGAUGCUCUUUACCACUCGGGGUCAAGCUUUGAAAUCCCGCGCGCGAGCAUGCGCAAAUCACUGCUGCACGAUCAGGAAGCCAAAUACGGCCCAACCGCCAGGAAUGUUCUCUGGACAUUGACGAAUGUCGCGGACGAUUGUCUCGCAAGCGGUGACGUAGAGGCCGCGGUCGAACAUUUCGAAGAAACUCUGAGGCGUGCAAAGACGUUGAGCGACGUCUAUGGACGAGAAAAAACGAGCUUUGCGGCCCUAGAGGGCCUGGGCAGAUGCUAUGUUGUGAAAGCCGACCGAGUGCAGGUCGAGGAGGAGCGUGUCCCACGCCGGUGGCAGGGCCAAGACCAAGCACAUGUGUUGCAGGACGCGCUGCAGUCGGCCUCGGGACAACCGCCUGCGUGUUGCUCAUGCCAAUGCCACGGUGGUCUGUCCUCAUCAUCAGCGACGUCGGCGUCGACAACCAUGUCCUCGGGUACCACUAUGGAUUCGACAGCAACGUCGACGCCGACGCCGACGACAACCCUGCCGCGGUCAGCACGGUUGCAAGCACCAGCCGAGAGCGCCAAGACGCAACAUCUCAAGUCCGCCCUCCAUUACUUCUCGACCGCCGAGUCCAGGGCAAGGAUGUACUUUGAGGCAUCGAGCCGACGUAUCGCCCGCGUCAGCCUGCGCAGACAAGAAGUCGUGGACAUGCUCGGCCGCACGACGCCCCCUUCGACCGACUCGGACUCGGGUCCCAGCUCGGGGGAUGCAUCAGACGACGAGUUUCACUUUCACCAUAUAGCUACAAAUACGAGUCUUCCAGAACAGGACGGCGGCGGCGGCGGCAGCAGCAGCAGCAGCGGUGGGGCCCACGGCCUCUAUGGGUUCAUGCUCAACCUUGGAUAUCACUUCGACGAUACAGGUGGUACGGGCGUAGGCACAGGCAGCACUCCGGCCCCACCGGCCAUGGCGAGCUGA